CUUUUUCUUCUGAUUUUGGUAGAUGGAGUCACUUGAACUCGAAGACAAUGGUGAUCACCAACCAUCUUUAGAAUCUCCCCUUGCUUCAGGUGUGAUAUAUGACAACACACCUAUAUGUCCACGUGUUGGAAGUGAAUACCAGGCAGACAUUCCUGAACUGUCCACAGAGGAUGACCGUCAUCAGCUCAUGACCAGCUUACAGGAAAGAAUGGUGCUUGGUUAUGAUUACCCUGAUAUGAUUGGGUCAGAUAUACCAAUUAUGUGGGAAUCAAGUGAAGUCCAUAGUGAGGAGGAACUACGGAGACAGUAUUCUUCAGAAACUGAAGCAAAAGCCAGCAGCCAGAGCGAGGAUAGUAAGGCGACCUCAUUUUGUCCAAUCGGAAAUAAUACAAGUGACCAUGAUUCAACAUACCAGGAUCCACACUCAGUGGUGCCCGUAGAUCUGAUGAAAUCUGGCAGCAAUCAAGCACAUGAUGAGAACUUGGAUUCCUGUUCUACUCAACAAGGUCUCAACUUUACUAAUAUGCCAUUGACACAGCAAGGGGAAAUCAAGCAAUUUACUCCACAGCCUGGUUUAUCCAGUUCCCUUUGGAGUGGUAUUGAGGCAGAAUGUUUUCUUCUCGGUCUCUACAUUUUUGGUAAAAAUCUAAGCCUGUUGAGCAGGUUUGCUGGUAAUAAGACUGUUGGGAAUGUGCUAUCGUACUACUACGGAAAGUUCUACGGAAGAGAUGAGUAUAAAAGAUGGUCAGACUGCAGAAAAGCAAGAACUAGAAGAUGCAUUCUUGGAGAACGCAUCUUUACAGGUUGGCAGCAGCAAGAGAUUAUAUCUCGUCUGAAAUCUAUAAUCCUCAAAGAAGCUCAUGAUUCAUUACUCGAGAUCUUCAAAUCUUUUAACAACAGACAGACAUCUUUAGAGGAUCUGGUCUUUUCUAUAAAAUCCAUUGUUGGAACAGAAGCUUUUGUGGAGGCUGUUGGAAUUGGUAAAGGGAAGCAUGAUUUGACUGGAUUUGUUCUGGACCCAUCUAAACCAAACCAAGUUCUUUCUGUUCACCCUGACAUGCCUACAGGCAAAGAUUGUUCCUUGCUUGCUUCGGAAGAUAUAAUCAAGUUCUUGACAGGUGGUUACAGAAUAAGCAAGACAAGAUCGAAUGAUCUUUUCUGGGAAGCUGUCUGGCCCCGUUUGAUUACAAGAGGGUGGCGUUCAGAGCAGCCCAAAGAUGUGAGACCAACUAAGAAUUGCAUUGUGUUUCUUGUGCCAGGUAUCAAAAAGUUUUCAAGAAGUAAACUCACUAAAGGUACUCAUUAUUUUGAUUCUGUGAGUGAUGUCCUUAAACGAGUGGCAGCAGAUCCUGUUCUUCUUGAGCCAGGGGUUGGUGGAAUGGACAAUGGCGUUACUGCGGAGAAAAAUGGGUAUUCCACAGAUAUGAAUCUGAAUCAAGAUGGUCAUUUGGAUGGUUAUCAGGAGCUUCCAAAAUUCACAGUUAUCGAUACCACCUUGGUCCAGGGGGAAGAGCCAUUCAGAGUCAGGGAGCUGAGGAAAUUACCAGCUGAUGCAAAUGUUCGGUUUGGCCCUUCAUGCCAUUCUGGUAGUACUGUGAGUUUCAGUUCCUCGGACGAGCAAGAUGAGGAUGAUCAAUCAUCAGAUGACCAGAAAGUUUAUCGACGAUUUACAGCUGAUGCGAAUGACACUGAAAUGGUUUCAGUGCGCAAUGAAGGCAAAGAAAACCAAGUCGAUUUACUGGAAAACAUGUUCACUGCACCAUCCUCUAGUUAUCCAGUCAAUGGCCAUUCAUCUAAUAGCACUAGUAAUGAAGUUGAUUUGACAUGCUUCAUUGGACCCAAAACAAAAACUGAAAGGCGUAAGUAUUUAUCCCCAGUGUCAAAGCACAGAAAAUUAUCCAGCUGUACAAAUGACCAGACCCAUCGGCGCAGCUUUUCUUCCUCGAAAGGAGAUGGUUUAGUGAGAGAGAAAAUGAAGCCACUGUCGAUUUCAUCAAAACCAACUGUUGUCGAUGUUAGUUGUAAUUUUCAGACCAAAAUAUUUGCGAGAUGUUCCACGAAGGAGAAGCCAUAUGAGCAGGUAAAGGUUGCAUCAAACUCUCGUACCAAAGACAGGUCAAAUGGGAAAAAUGUGUCCAAUUUAAAUAAGGACAAGUCCUUUGAGUGCAAGAGCUUGGCGAUGCCCAAAGUUCGUUCAAAUAUCAGAAUCUCUAAAGCAAAUUUUUCUGAAGGGGCAGGGGUUUGUAGUUUGGUUGGUCGGGUUACACCGGAGACAGUGCUAGAUGGUAAGACAAACACAAAUGGUCACAUGAAGGCUGGGGAAGAUCUCACCAUUUCAAACAGCUAUUGGGUCCCUGAUGUUUCAGAGGCAACAGGAGGGCCUGCUAUCCCGCAACCUGAUCUGGCUUCACCGGUGAAUUCUCGGAGGCACGGAUCCAGGAACAGAGCACCCACAGCAAAAGCUUUGGAAGCAGUUGCCUUGGGGCUCCUUGGAGGAAAGCGUAAGGAUGAACCGAAAAGCUCUAGGACAAGCAGGCCUCGCAAGAGAGCUCACAAAUCCUUGGUUUAUACGCCUACAAAUAGUGACACAGACAAGUCCACCAUGGAGGUUGAUGCGCAACCGUGAACGGAUUCUUGUGUGAUUUUCGGGUGUAAACACCGGCACCAUAUUGACAUUUUGGAUGAUCGAUAUCAUGUGGAACAUUAGUUGUUCUAUUUCAACUUGACGAGUUGCCCGCAUGGAUUUUCCCUUAUGAAGCACCUUGCACCUUGCAGUUUGUGAUAUUGUAAUAUUUGCAAUGCAAUCGUGGCUAGUUGGUCUUUAGAUUAUUGAGUUGUACUGGAGUCUGGAGAAAGAAGGGUUCAUUCGGCAUUUUAACCAAUUCAUUAUGUGUUUAACAGGAUUGAUCUUUUGUUGGACCCAAAGGUUUUUUUUCUUUCUAGAAUGCUUA